AUGCCGGUAUCACCACCAACCAACACCAUCGUCGACACUCCCAGCUUAGAGCCAUCCCAUACGAUCGCAGGCAAUGAUAGUACUACCCCCAAGCAUCCAUCGUUAGUGCAAUCUCGACCGUCACAAUUUGGUCAUCCACAGGUUCCAGACAACAGAAAAAGACCAUAUCGAAGCAGCCCUGUAUUUUAUCAUGAGGAUGAAGAAGCAAAGGAUUCAAAUUCACCGGCUGCAUCCGAAUGUGCUUCUGAACAGAUGGUGCUUUCAGCAUCUCCUGACAAUUUCGAACAUACCCCCCAGUCUGGUAAUCGAGGCCAUCGAGCUAUCACGCUAAAGUAUCGGGCCAGUUUCACAGCAAUUAAUGGUGAUAAACACCACCCCACGGAUCCAGAUAUAAGCGAAUUGAUUCCGCUUGUUCAGAUGGAGUCCAACGAGCAAGAAAGUUCAUCUGAUUGGCAAGGAAGCCGGCGAGCGUCUAAAGGAAUUCCCGUCGAGUGCAGAACAGAUGACCAACACAUGUUACAGGAGGGGUCACUGAUGCUCGCUAUCGCCAGGGAACCCUAG